CAGUGGAGGGAUUGGCAGAGAGGGGUGGAGGACACUGAGUGGAAGCCAGUGGAGGGAUUGGCAGAGAGGGAUGGAGGACACUAAAUGGAGGCCAGUGGAGGGAUUGGCAGAGAGGGGUGGAGGCCAGUGGAGGGAUUGGCAGAAAGGGAUGGAGGACACUGAAUGGAGGCCAGUGGAGGGAUGGCAGAGAGGGGUGGAGGCCAGUGGAGGGAUUGGCAGAGAGGGAUGGCGGAUACAGAACGGUUAGUAAGGUGGAGUGAUUGGAUUUGGGGCUGGAAGGACAGAUGGGAGUCCAG